GACUCAGUUACUGUUCCUGACUGACUGAGUUACUGGUUCACAAGUGCCUUGCUUAUCGCUCCCCUGGAAUAAUUUUCCAAAUUCAAAAAAGGAUUAACAACCACAAAUAUAAUAUCGGUGAUACGGUUCCAUCUUUCACUACAUCCUGACCGUGUAGAAUGAUGGUGAAACAGGGAUUUUCACUUCUUUGUUUUAUAUCAGUUGCCAUGACAAUGGAGAUCCCAGCCAUGCAGUGUGAAAGAGAUUCUGAUUGCGAGUAUGCCGCUGAGUCUUCUUACUGUCUCCCUCCGUCGUGUGAAACUUGCAUUCCAUGUGAGCAAAUGUUCAAUCGUCAGCCACCGCCGUUGACUGCUAGUGGCCGGCCUGGUUGCGCCAUACUUGAAAGUGACUGUGGCGAGUGCCUUCCUAAUCAUCAACACGAAGACUUAACGGACCAAAGAUACUCAAUUAAGUGCUACCCUAAAACCAUUGAACAUAAAAACAACGAACAUUUUGAGCCGCUAUCUCACCCUCCAGGGAAAUCUAUCGGCGCCAUAUUAACAUACGCUACGCUUGUCACGCUUAUGACUUUUAUUGUUGCUUUCGGUUGUUUUGUUUCCAGCAGCUGUGACCGAACGAUAACGAGUAAGUCAACUAGAGUGCAUACACAAGACAAACACCACCAACUCGAUGAUCGCCCUCACGAAGAACCGGAAUAUGACUCCGGAGUUGCCUGUACAUCCGAACAAAAACGUACUCUAAUGAGAGAGUCGGAUUUUCCCAAUCCAACGACGCCAAUCAACCAUUAUCAUCCUACACAGAUUGAUUUACCCGACAUGGAUAAAGAAAAUGGAAAUCUCAAUGGACCUGGAAGGCACGAAUCCCAACCGGUUUCCGAAGAAGGAAACGAAACGACUGAGACCUUUCCCUCACUUUCCAACGAUCCUGAAUCAAACUCACGAAUGGAAACUCAAAAUGGAGCAGUCAAAUUCCAAUCUCAGAAAUCUCCGGCCACUCGUCGUCCGGCAUCUCAUAGACCAUCAACUCGGAGUAGAAGUGACCCUAUGCUCCCAACUCAGUCUAGAAGAAGAAAUUCUACUGGAAGUGAAAGCUACGCUCACCGCAACGCGCAACUCCCAAUGCACUGUCUUCCGAUCGCACCUCUUGCGCCACUUGACAACGAAACCGUGCCUGCUGUUACGUCUGCACGUUUGCCAUCUCAUCCUGCCUUAAACGGGCAGUGCCAAGAACAUAACGAACCGAAUGAACCUCAAGCUCUUCUUCUGACAUCUGUUAUACUCCCAACCCUUGCAAUUCAUCAACACCCACUAACCAGAUCUAUGCCAGAAAAUGUUACCAGAAAAUGAAACCGGGCAAGGUGGCAAGAUCUCGGAGGCGGACAGACUGCAAAUUUUCGUGGAAAUUGAAAACCAAGUUGUUCCACCCAAUUUCCCUGAAGUGUAAAAUUACAGCUGGUUGAG